GAGGGUGGAGGAGAUCGAGGACAAGUUCAACUCCAGGAUCGGCCAGCUCCUCGAGGACCGCAACCACGGCGUGCUCCUCUCGGGCUGCGCGCUGCUGACGUGCCUCCUGGAGACGUACCCGGAGUACAUCAAGGAGUUCCGCAGGCACAUCCCAGCGCUGGUCCGUGCCCUGCGCAACAUGGUGACGUCUGGCUACGCGAACGCGGCCGAGUACGACAUCGCCGGCAUCAUCGACCCGUUCUUGCAGGCGAAGCUCCUGAAGCUCCUGCGCAUGCUGGGGGAGAACUCCGUGGAGGCCAGUGACGACAUGACGGACGUGCUGUCGCAGGUCGCCACCAACACGGACAGCUCGAAGAACACGGGCAACGCCAUCUUGUACGAGUGCGUGCGCACCAUCUUCGGGAUCGAGGCCACCUCGGGCCUGCGGACGCAGGGCGUAAACAUCCUCGGCCGCUUCCUGCUGAGCCAGAACAACAAUAUCCGCUACGUGGCGCUGGCAACGCUGCAGCGGGUGGUCAACGUGGACUCCAAGGCGGUGCAGCGCCACCGUGCCACCAUCAUCGAUUGCCUCAAGGACAGCGACAUCUCCAUCAGGAAGCGCGCCCUGGACGUUGCCUACAUGUUGGUGAACGAGGAGAACGUCAAGAGUUUGACGAAGGAACUGCUCAACUUCCUCCUUGUGGCGGAGGCGGAGUUCAAGGAGGAGCUGUGCAGCAAGCUGUGCAUGGCGGUGGACAGGUUCUCCCCGAACCGCCGCUGGCAGGUGGACACGCUGAUCAAGGUGAUGUGCCUGGGUGGCAACUUCGUCAAGGACGUGCAGCGUGAGAAGUUCUGCCGGGUGGUGGCGUCCACUCCGGAGCUCCACGCCUACACGGUGAUCAAGCUGUACUUCAACAUGAAGGAGAGCCUCUCGCAGGAGCCGCGAGCCCUGGCGAGGCAGGAGUGCAAGGCGCCCGACGCGGGCGAAGAGCUGAGGCGGUUACUCGGGGGGCUCCGCGAGGACAACCACAUCGAUGAGGGGCCCCUCGUCGCGAUGCAAAAGGCGACCGCGCAACGGCGCGACGACGACAGGCAGGCCGCCGAAUCGCCAGAGGAGAUCGCCUCGUCGCAGGAGCCCGUCGACCAGCAGGCGCAGGGCCGCGCCGAUUCUGCGAUUGAGUCGCCAAAGUUGCCCGCCCCUUCGGCUGCGUCGACCGCGCCAGCUCUUUUUCCGAGGGCCCCUUUGGGCGCAGCGUUGGCGCCAGUUGCCGCGUCUUCAACGCUGACUGUCGCGGGGCAGUCCACGGCGCCCGAGGUUUGCACCUCUCUAGGCCAGCGCGAUCGGGGGCCUCUGCCAGCGACGCAGCCGCCGCUCGACGAGCCUCUCGACCGGGGCGCGGAGGCAGGCGCCAUGCCAUAUCCCCAGCUUCUGUUCAGCGAAGUCUUGGCCCAGCUGGGCGCGCCCUUGCAGUUUGACGGCGCGCUAGAGGCGCACGAUCCGCUUCCUCGUUGA